AUGACGAAUUCAGCUGGCGAGGGUGGUCGUGAGACAUCGAAAUCCGUUGAUCACCCAACAAUAUCCAAUUCAGCUCAUCACUUACAAUCACGAAACAGUAGUACCUAUGGCCAUACCACAAUGCGACCCAGAUCCCUGUACACCACUCACAGCUUUACGCCACAGGCGGACAGUACUAAUUUCCAACGUUACCCGGAGUUCUCCAAAUACUUGGAAACACCUCCUGGUGAACAAUGGCACAAUAUGGCUGGGGGGGCCGCUUCGUAUCCCAACGGACUCCUCUGGCGUCCCAGAAACUCCAAAGGGUGUCAGUAUUACCCGGAGGACACCUCGUACCAAGAGAACUGGAGGGACCACGAGACCCCCGAGGGUACGAGCGUCGGGGCGGUUGCCACUCCUCAUGGAACAAUUUCUCUUCGUCUUCACAACAAGAUUCGAGUUGACAUGACAAUCGACCGAGCCGUCAGGGUUAUUAAUUUCAAGAACAAUAUUGUGCUCUCCUUGAACGGUUCAGGCUCAGCAGCUGCUCUGCUGCAUCCCAAUGGCCGUAUCUAUCAGUACGGAUCACGUGUGGAGAUCCUGGCGCAUGAUUCCCACGGAAACAACAAGUACGCCAAGAUGUGGUACAAGGGGGUCAGCUUUACGUCUGAACAGUGUGCCCUUGUGUACCUGGUUGAUGCUGCUGGGACCAGGACAACAACUGAUUCAUUUUCAGACAUGAGUCAGGACUUUUCCCUCAGCGUGUUCUACUCAGAGUCUCGUCACGGACCGGGCUGCCUCCAGGAGGCCACUGCAGCCCUCGGGGCUGCCCAGUACUGGCUAACGGAUGAGGGGGUCGAAAACUGGAUGAUAAACAACGUCAGGAUAUCUCAGACGCCCGAUGGUCUCGUGAGGAUCGCCAGGAACAGCAAUAAAUACCAACUGAGGACCUCUCCAAGCAAUGGAACUGCCUCCCUGACCACCCCGUUCCUCCAUUGCACAGCCUCUCUCGGACAAACCUCACACCUCUUCGUCAGGAGGGGCGAGAGGAGAAUGCACUACGACGGCACCAGUUUCAUUGUCAGAAAUGCUGGACACAGCGCUGGCUUCGAUGAUAAUAAUCAGCUCAAGGUUUACUAGACCUUCCAGUGAAUGGCCUCAGUUGUUUCAGGAAAUUCGUUGGCGAGGGGUUGAAGGAGAAUUAUUUAAGGAUUAUUCAGUGGAGAAGAAAAAUUAACUUUUAUUGAGGGAGAUUUUGAUGGGAAAAGAGGAGGUUCGGGAGAAAGUAAUGAAUUAUUUUUGAUUGGUGAUUAGAUUUGAGCAGAAAGAGUCAGAAGAUCUCUCCUGGAGUCACUGGUGCUUAGACGAUUAAGGAAACACGUCGUGAAGUCACAUAAAUUCAUAUAAUUU